CAAUUAAUUCUUUGAAACAUCCUUGUUCAUACAAUUGUUGAUUUAUUUCAUCAGUGAUUUGUCGUAACCUCCAUCCCAAUACCCAUUCUUAGAACGUUCCGUCUGUUUGUUCAAACGAACUUUAGAAUCAAAAAUUCUUAUUCAACGUUCAGGAAUUAUCAUUCUAAAGUCUUCAAAAGACCUAUUUGACUCUUUUCUUGUAUUUCUUGGAGACUCAUUUGCUGCUAAAAGAACUUGCGUUUCAUUAGACUCCAUAUCCAUUGCGCAUCCUCUGAUAGAAAAUUGGAAUCAUGCCUGUACCCAAAUCGUUUGAGCAAAGAUCUCUAAUUGCUGUCAUCGGUGAUGAUGAUACUGUCACAGGCAUGCUUUUGGCAGGGACGGGCCAAGUCAACGAAAACGGAGAGAAAAACUUUUAUAUUGUGAAUCAAAAAACUACUGAUGAACAAAUCGCAAGUGUGUUUGACGAUUAUACUACUAAGCGCCCAGACAUAGCAAUUGUCUUGAUUAAUCAAAUUUCUGCGAACAGAAUUCGAGACAGGAUUGACAGAUAUGUUCAGGCGUUUCCUGCUGUGUUAGAAAUUCCUAGUAAGGACGACCCUUAUGACCCCGAAAAAGAUAGCAUUCUUCGACGCGUUCGAAAGAUUGUGGGUGAAUAAGUUUGCAUUUUGCCCUCUACUUAUAAUUUCACAUGGAGUGGUUUCUUUAUUUACGAUAUUUUGCUUUGCUAAUCAUCAAUAAACCUUGCUUUUCGUACUGGUUUCAAUAUAUUACUAGAUUUUAUUCAUAGUCAAAAAUGCAUAAGGAGAGAAAUGAUAAAUCAUUGAAAAGGUAAACGGACUUUGGUUAAAUUCAUUGAAUUUUGAUUAUCACUCAAGUCAAUGGUUAACCCAAAUCGAAACUCACAUUACAACCACACGAUGACUUUGCAUGAGGGUUAUUAAUCAAUUGAAACGAAGAGCCAAUUAAUUCUUUUGUAUAAACGAUUUCAGAACCGCUAAUUAAUGGUAAUGAGAUACUGUCCGCGACGAUUCUAGCUGUUCCCCGAACAAACACACUAAAGUUGAUUAGCAUUGGGUCUGAUUGAAUAGGAAUCAUCUAAAAAGAUUUCAAAAAGAAUAGAAAAACCAAGACUUCUAACUUUACCUGUCAUCUUUUCCUACUUUAUCAUCCAUGUCGAAGGAAAUUUGAUAUCCAUGGCAUCCACCACCAUCGACAAUCACGCGUAAAGCAACAUCUUUUUGUCUCUUACUUGCUACUUUUUCCAGUUGUUGCUUAGCCGAAUCGCUCAUGUGUAAUACAUAUGGUUUUCCUGAUUCAUCACAUUGCUCCUGCAGGGUAUACUGAUCAGCGGCGGGCUUUGUAGAAUUUUUUCGAAUAAAUUGAAUUGGAGUUAUUGUAGAUUGAUUGUGAAUAUGAGAUACCCUUGAAAAGAAAGCAAAUGGCCGAGUUUUCGUAGAGCUCAUCCCAUUCUUUAGCAACACGCCUGAAAAGCUUCUAGAUGAAAUAUGCUUCCGCGCUACUUGCCAAUUUCCUAAAAAAAGUGGAUUUAAGCCACCUUUAAUUGAAAAAAGCCCAGAAUUCUUCCUCAUGAAUGCACUCAUUUGUAAUGCUUGAAGUGGUGAAAGGAUAGUUUGUCGCCUCAUUGCUAGUGAUGAAUAUUACAAGACUUUUUCUUCAUAAAGUCCUUUUUCUAUUAAAAGAGAAGCCACUUUAAUUUGAAUAGCUAUUUCUAUAUUCCCAAGUUUUCCUUGACGAAAAAGUGAGUGUUACGUAUGCAAGGUUAGUUCAAACUUGGACGUUUUAAGAGUCGAUUCCUCACUUUUCAAAGACAACUAUAAAACACACUUAAGCAAUUGCUUUCCUUCUUUUUGGCUAGCAAUGUUUCUUUCUCAAUCGCUUUAGACGAAAAGAAAUCUGGUCAUCGAGAAUAUUGUCCAUCGAAUUUCAGUUGACAAGUCGUAUUUACAGAAUCGACUUUGAGGAUAGAAUGUCCCUUAAAAAAUAACAAUUGCACUGUCUUAACUGCUUUGACGGCUACCUACAGAUAUAUAAUAAGCUUUUACACUAAGCUAGUUUCGAUCUUUUCCAAUUGAAACGAAACCUACCAAGAUUCCUUGAUUAGAAACUAAAAAGCAUUAUAACUGCAUACUUGCCCUUCUUGGUGAUCUCAUCUCACCGUGUGCAUGUGUGUGUUUUCUUUUUUUUGUUCCAAGAAUCUCCAUCAGAAAAGGGAUUUCAAUUUUUAGAAUUAAAUUAACUCAAUGUAUUUAUUAAAAAUAAAAGUAUUAGAAAUUCUAUUCAAAGAUCGAGAGGGCACGUCGUCGACUUCUGCACUCUAAUCUGUUUCCCUUGAGCACUUCCCUUAAACAUCGUAUACCUUCC